AUGAAUGCCGCACUCCACGGCUGGCAGGUCAUCUUCCUCUUCUUGGGUCCUCUCACCCCCGCCGUAGGUAUAAGCUUCUGGUUCAUCAUGCCCGACAUCAUCUCGCCGCAGACCUUCCAGAGUAAAGACGCGCCGAGGUAUCUGCCCGCAAAGAUCAGCAUCGUGAUUCUGAACAAGCAGAGGGACGAGGAGAAGAGCGCAAAAGGCGGCGAGUAG